GCUGCGGGUCUGGCUUUUGGGGUCCGGUCAGUGUCCUCGCCCCCUCCCCGCCGCCCAGGCCGGCACCGGCCGGGGCAGGGGCCCGGGCGUUCUCGGCCAUGCCCGGUGGGCGCAGCCGGGGGAGGGUGGGCGGCGGGAGCCUCGCUGACUAAGGGCCCCCCUCGUCUCCCCCCCAGCCUCCCCCACCUGCCGCUCCCCUCCCCCAGUCUGCGCCGCGAGCGCUCCCGAGCCCGCCCCUCCGCAGCGCCCCGCCAUCCCUCCUGCCGCGGGUCCUCCCUCUGCCCGGCCGGAGCUGGGGCGCCCGUCCCAUCCUGUCCCCGCCCUGUCCCCUUUGUGCCCUGUCUCUCUCUGUCUCUGUCAUCCUUCCCCCCCUUCUCUGCCUCUCUCCUUCCCUGCUGCACUCUCCUCCCUUCAGCUCGGUCUCCCCUGUCCCUGCCGAGGCCACCAUGCUGACCCCGAUGGUGGCUGGGGGGGUGGUGUUCCCCGGACUGUUCCUCCUAUCCAAGAACACGCUCCAGCGGCUGCCCCAGCUACGCUGGGAAGAGGCGGACGCCGUCAUUGUCUCCGCCAGGCUGGUGUCCUCGGUCCAGGCUGUGAUGGCUUCCACAGCUGGCUACAUUGUCUCCACCUCUUGCAAACACAUCAUUGAUGACCAGCACUGGCUUUCCUCAGCUUACACGCAGUUCGCUGUACCCUACUUCAUCUAUGACAUCUACGCCAUGUUCCUCUGCCACUGGCACAAGCACCAAGUCAAGGGGCAUGGAGGCGACGAAGGGGGGCCCCCGGCCCCGGGCAGCACCUGGGCCGUGGUGCGUGGUUACCUGUACAAGGAGUUCCUCAUGGUUCUUCACCACGCGGUCAUGGUACUCGUGUGCUUCCCGUUAUCUGUGGUGUGGCGUCAGGGCAAAGGAGAUUUCUUUCUGGGAUGCUUGCUGAUGGCAGAGGUCAGCACCCCCUUCGUCUGCCUGGGCAAGAUCCUCAUUCAGUACAAGCAGCAGCACACGCUGCUGCACAAGGUGAACGGGGCCCUGAUGCUGCUCAGCUUCCUGUGCUGCCGGGUGCUGCUCUUCCCCUACUUGUACUGGGCCUACGGGCGCCACGCCGGCCUUCCGCUGCUCGCCGUGCCCCUCGCCAUCCCGGCCCACAUCAACCUGGGCGCUGCGCUGCUGCUCGCCCCCCAACUCUACUGGUUCUUCCUCAUCUGCCGCGGGGCCUGCCGCCUCUUCCGGCCCCGGGGAUCCCCGCCGCCCUCUCUGGAUCAGCCCCAGGACUGAGAGCGGGGCCAGGGACCGCCCCUCCCCGCCGCUUCCCCACGGGGACUGGGCUACGGGACUGGGGUGUGGGGGGCGGGGGGCCCCCUGGCCCAGACAGCCCGGACUGCCGGAUGGACUCGGACGGGGGAGGGGCCGGGGACCAGGCGGAAUGGAAGGGCGGGGAGAAGGGGUUCCUGCUCCCCACAGUGCCUGAGCAGAGUGCGGAGAACCCCAUCUUGCACACCCCUUCUCGGACCAGCCUCCCGGGCUGAGAGAAGCAGAGGACGGAGGUGGUGAAGGGAACCCCGCUUCCCACCCGCCGGGCUGGGGCGUGAGGGCCACGAGGGCUGCGGGGAGAAGCAGCCAGGGAACCCGGGGGACCAGGAGACUCCGCCGCCAAGGCCACCCCAGCGCCCCCUGCUGCACAGUCCUCUGAGCUCCCCUCUUCUGGGAAGGCGGGGACCCCCCUAAGCAGCCCCCACUCCGCGGCUCCUCCAGGGGAGGCCAGCCUGAGGAAUCGUAUUUAUUUUAUUUAUUCGCCCAAAUUCAAACUAGUUUGUUGGGGGUGGGGUGGGGGAGGGAGGGAGGCAGGCGGCUGCGACCCCCACCCAGUUUACCAGCGCUGAACAUCCCGGGCCAGCGAGGGGCGCCCAGCUCCGGCCCCAGCAGGCUGCACAUCUCGCCCUCGGGCCCUGGCAUGUCCCUGGUGCUACAGACCUCUCCAAGCUUCCUCCAAUCUGGGGUCGGGGACCCUGGGAGGUGCUUUACAGACCGCUAAUAAAGACGAUCUGCCCGAACGCCAA